AUGGAAGCUUUACGAGUGUCAAUCCGUCUCUUCAUCAGACGUCAGCAAGCACCAGGGAACGUCAAGAGGCCAGUGACAUGGUGGUUGCCAGUCAGAUUGCUGGCCGAGGGUACCAGUAAUGGAUCCAGUGACACCCGCUGGGCUGGGGCCACCACGGCGCCCACCGACCGGGUCCUGCCGGGAGUGGGUUUUUGGGCGAUCAUCCUCAACACUGCGUCCCAGGGUAUGCUGUUGCUCACAGUUUUACUCAAGUUGGAUGACGUCCCUUGCCCCGGGGUCCCCGGGGUUAUCCCCGCCGUCAUGCCAAUGAGUCUUGUACUUUGA